CCGUGCUGUAGCAAUUGGUCAUUUAAGUGCUUCUUUUGCAUGCAAUUUUAGCAAAAAAAAAAAAAUAAAAUCUGCCAGUUCUAUCAUGAAGACUGGAAUUGCUGCUCUCACAGCAGGAAUGAUUGGUGCUAUUGGCAUUAUUCUGUUUCUUGUAGCAUUUGGAACAGAAUAUUGGUUACUUGCAACGGAGACCUGUGAAAGUUUUGAUACUAACAAUGGAACUUUGGACACUGAAGAUGAGUAUGAUGAAGAUUUGAGAAACUAUGAGGAAAUAUCCGUUAUAUACCAUCAUGAAGGCUUCUUCUGGCGGUGUUGGUUUUUUGGAGACGAUCCACCAACUUCAGUUUGGAGCUACUGGUUUAUGAACCAGCCUCAUCCCAAGCGCUGCAUUCCUGGGUAUCUCUUUCCUAUGCCGAUUGCUGUUGGGCCUUUUCCACAUCCUUCCUUUGAUGCAACUACAGUGUACAGAGGCUUCUGGACAAUCUUUAUUAUAUUAGGUGUUGGUUCUGGUCUGGCUGGGGGAUUUCUGCUGGUGUGUGGUGUGCCGUUUGCCAAUGCUGGAUGUUAUAAAGUUGGAGGUGGCUUUCUGAUGAUAUCAGGGGCCCUGUUUAGCCUGAUCCUCAGCCUGUUUGUGCUAUGGAAGGAAUAUGCAGUUGAUUUUCCAAAAUAUAUAUCUAUAGAAAGGAGCAACAGGGAUGUGCCAGGAGACACACCGAUGUUUUUCUUGCCUCAUUCCCCUCAGCAGACAAACUUUAAAAAGUAAGCACUGAAUUAAAGCAUGCACAUUUUAAUGGGAUGAAGAAAAAAACAGUUGCAUCUGAAGGGUAAACUGUUUCAUAUUUUCAUGUCCUAGUUUGCGUGGCCUUCCAGCACAAGGAGAUUUACACUUGAGCAAGGGUUUACAAAAAUAUUAAAAUUUAGAAUACUUCACCUGAACAAAUACAACUGAAGGUCAUAGUUUCACAGUGAAAAAGGCUUGUGUUAGCAAAGGGACAAGGUACAUCCAGAGAGUUCUAAUUCUGGACUGAGGGUUGAGAAAGUUUACAUCAAUUGAUAUAAUCUUUGCCCAUCUUUGCUACCAAGUCAACCAUAUUAAAUGUUAGUAAUGUGGAGGAAGAACAGCUACCAUAUUCAUUAAGUGGGUCCUGUUUUCACCUUUAUUAUAUCUAAAUACUUCAACAUUUGUAUCACAUCCUCCUAUUUUCUUAACAUUUCUGUGUUUCAUUUUAAGAACUCUUUAGAAAAAUGAAAAAUCUGAAGAUAAUGUAGAAGUACAUUGAUAGAAGGCAGCAAUCUUCUUGAUUAUUUGUACUAGAAUUUUAAAAAGUAAAAGUUUUCAUAUUAAAAUCAUUCAUGAAUUAAAGUUUGUAUAUAGGCACUUUUGAAGAUUCUUAUUGUCUGUGAUGAAUAUGUGAGGCCCAUAAGGGGAACUAGUACUCUCCAUUAAUAAAUGAGAAUGUAUUGCUGGUAUCUUUAGAUUUCCUAAGACUUUUUAAGUGUGUUUGUAGUGAAUCAAAUUCAGUCUAUAUUUUCCAGACUAGUAAUACAUUUACUGAUUAAAAGCUUCAGAUAAUUGUGCUUCUUCUGUGCUGUGGCUAUAAGUACCUAUUCAAUCAUUAUUACACCAAAUUUAUGUAAAUAUGUUUCUUGGAAUAUUAUAAAUUUAAGUUUAGAAAUGUUUUAUGACUGUGUCAAAUGCUAUCCUUUUUUAUUUCUAAGUUGUAGGUUUAAAAUGUGA